AUGGCGCCGGCUCCGGACGCUGGCUCCCCGACGGCGCCCCUUGGCCUGCCGCCGCAGCCCCCGGAGGCGCACGCGCAACGCCAGGGCGGCGGCAAGGACGCGGUGCCGGGGCGGGACUACAGGGGCUUCGUGGCGGGCAUGUUCAGCGGCGUGGCCAAGCUCUCCGUUGGCCAUCCCUUUGACACGGUCAAGGUGCGGCUGCAGACGACGCCGGCGCAGCGGUUCCGCGGCCCGCUGCAGUGCGCGGUGCAGACGGUGCGGCUCGAGGGCCUUGCUGGGCUGUACAAGGGCGCGACGCCGCCGCUCGUGGGCUGGGCUGUCAUGGAUUCCGUCAUGCUCGGCUCGCUGGCUGUGUAUCGGCGCGUCCUGGCGCAGCAUGUCUUUGGGCACCGGCAUCUCCCCCCCCUCGGCCACGGGCUGGCAGGCAUCCUAGCCGGCGCAACCGUCAGCUUCAUCGCCGCGCCCGUCGAGCACGUCAAGGCCCGUCUCCAGAUCCAGUACGCCGCCGCCAAGUCGCAGCGCCUGUACUCGGGCCCGCUCGACUGCGUGGCCAAGAUACACGCCGCCCACGGCCUGCGCGGCCUGUACCACGGCCUGUCGGCCACGCUGCUCUUCCGCAGCUUCUUCUUCUUCUGGUGGGCCGGCUACGACGUGCUGUCGCGCGCCCUGCGCCGCCACACCGACCUGGCCGCGCCCGCCGUCAACUUCUGGGCCGGCGGCCUCAGCGCCCAGGUGUUCUGGCUCACGAGCUACCCGAGCGACCUGGUCAAGCAGCGCAUCAUGACGGAUCCCCUUGGCGGUGCGCUCGGCGACGGCGUGAGGCGCUUCCCGCGCUGGCGGCAUGCUGCUGUUGCUGUCUAUCGUGAGAGCGGGUGGAGGGGCUAUUGGAGGGGGUUUCUGCCGUGUUUUCUGCGCGCCUUUCCGGCUAAUGCUGUGGCUCUCGUGGCUUUUGAGGCUGUCAUGAGGGCGCUGCCUUGA